AUGCCGCGUAACUACGAGCCUCUCCCCACAUCAGCGAACUCGACGGAGGACUUGCUUGAGCUCGAGGAGCUCGAAGAGGCCGAUGAUGUAGCCAGCUUGCACCGCCAGCUUGCGCGCGAUCCCCGCUUCAACCCACCAGUACCAGCGACAUGGAAGCGUGUUGCCCUGGUACUCUUCGUCAUCUUCCUGUUCUUCCUCACGUACUGGCUGCGUCCUGCCCCGCCAAAGCACGUGCAUAAGCCUGAUGUAGCGUACGAGGAGCUGUACGACAAGUACAUCGCACCCCCGCAUCCAGUGCCGGACGCCCACAAGGAGGCACCGACUAUGCACAUUGCUAAGCCAGGAUCCCGCGGGUUCUAG